AUGGAAGGAGAACAGGGAGCACCAGAUGAACUGACCUCACUAGUUGGUCAAAACAUGAGCGAUUUAGGAUACAUCAACUUUGACACAGACACACCGAGCAGCAAUAUCUGUUGGAACGUUGGUGUUGAUAUUACAGAAGCCGAACAAGCAGGACCGUGCGAAAUAACUUCACAAGUUGGUCAAAACUUGAGUGAUUUAGGAUGCGUCAACUGUGACUCAGGCUCGUCGAGUAGCAACAUCAUUUGUAACGUUGACGUAGAGAGUAUGCAAGCCGAACAAGCAGCACUGAGUGAGCUAACGUCACAAGUUAGUCAAAGUGUGGACGGUUUACGAUGCAUCAAUUUUGACUCAGACACGUUGAGCUGCAAUAUCAGUUGGAACUUUGGUCAAGAUAUUAUUCAAUCAGAACGGGCAGCAUCGGACGAAUUAACUUCACAAGUUGGUCUAGACUUGACUGAUGUGUUACGAACGAAGUUGCACCACUCAAUGGAAAAUCAGUGUAAAUUUGAUGCGUCGUUGAUUGAAAUGGAACAACAAUUUCAGCAAGAGUUUGACCAAAUACCCGCAGCACACAAGAAAAUUCUUUGGGAAAAUACCAAAAUCGGAACGGUAGGAGCAGAUACUACAACGGCAAUUAGCCGCUCAUUGCAGGAACUUUCGCAUCGUCGACUGCAAUAUGAUGAAAGAAGCUUCAUUCAAGUAAUUUCAUCGGACGACGGAGAGCCACAAGCAAGACAUCACCCUGAACAGCCGAUGCAUUUGGUCAGUCUAACAUCACCACCAAAGAAACAGAUUCGGCUAGAUUGGACGGGAAGAGAAGGCACUAACGAAGUGUAUACUUCCGAAUCCGAUGCGCACACUCGCAAAGUGCUGCAUUGUAAUCAACGAAACAAUUCCAUGGAAUCAUGGGCCGACGUUGCUCUCGAUGUAGGGCAGAUGGGAAAAGUGUUGCUACAUGGAAGCACUACGGCGCGUGUGGAAAGUCCUGAGCAAUCAGAAGACGCGUCGCAGGCUCAAUUGAUUGGAAAAAGUAUCGAAAUUCCUCAUAAAAAUGCUUCAAAACGUCGUCUUAACGAAUCGACAUCGUAUCACUGUGCAGAAUGUGGAAAGCAAUUCAGUACGAAGGAUUAUCUGGCCAUACAUUUGCGGAUCCACGCUGGCGAAAAGCCAUACAAGUGCCGGCAAUGUGAUUAUGCUUGCGUUGCAGCAAGCACUUUGUACAGACAUGAAAGGACUCAUACAGCCGCGAAACCCUUCAAAUGUUUGAUUUGUGAUGCUGCUUUCAAAUUUAGAAGUUAUCUAACGAGACAUCAACUGACUCAUAAUGGUGAAAAGCCCUACGAGUGCAACGUAUGCAAUCAAACGUUUCUUCACUAUUCCACGUUAUCCACGCACCGUAAAGGUCACAAAAAAGAGGAGAGUUGCCGAUAUGAAUCGAAUGUUGGUGGCGACAUCAUGGAACAGGAACAAGCGACACUAGGUGAUCUAACUUCACAGGUUGUUCAAUCCCAGCGGUGA